AUGUGUGAUAACUUCGAGGUACAUAACAACCCACACAAUCGUUCAACCAGCAACAACCAAGCAAGCAUGAACAUGCGUGGAUUUAUUGUUUUUUGCGUCUUCGUUGCCGCUACCACCGCCGCGCCACAGCAGGGAUACCAUUAUGCCGCACAAACGGCUGCUGGUGGACAGUUGCAGCGUAUGGUGUCACAGCCGCAUGUCCAGUUUGGUGUUAUGACACCGAAAACUGCUGACUUUUUGAAGGAUCUGCAAACCGUUAUGGCCGUACAAUCAGCCAAUUUGGCACCGAACUUCGAACUCAACACUCAGCCACAAUUAGUUGGAUUCAAUAACGAGCAAUAUGCUGCGGUUAAUAGCGCUGGUGCUGCUGCUACUGCGCAGGCUUCAGUAGGUCAAUCGCAGGCUUCUGUGGCUCAACCGCAGGCACGCUACUUGGUCCCCACUUUAGCCGGUGGAAACUCUGUGCAGCAGCAGCCACAACAGUUGAUUCCACAGCAGUACGCUCCGCAACAGCAAAUACCACAACAGUUGCAAUUCCAACAACGACAACCACAAAAACACUUUCAACAACAACAGCAAAUCGUCGAACCCGAAACUGUUAUCUCGAAACGUUUCUAUCUGCACGCCGCACCUGAAGACGAUGAUGAGGAAGUGCAACAGCGUCAUGUGACCGUCGGUAAACCACGUAAAAACUAUAAUGUUGUCUUCAUUAAGUCCUCUGACAAGUCCAAACCGAAGGCGUCACUUAAAAUCACGCCCGCCGUUAAUGAAGAGAAGACCGUCAUCUAUGUGCUGAACAAGAAACAAGAUGCGGCCGAUAUUGAUGCGCAGGUAUAUGAGCCGGUCACCACCACCGCCAAGCCCGAAGUAUAUUUCAUUAAGUAUAAGACAGCCGAAGAGGCGGCACAUGCGCAACAAACCAUUCAAUCACAAUACGACGCCUUGGGUGGUUCGACACAAGUCACUAAUGAAGGUGUCGCCCCGGUUAGCUCCGUCAUUGGUUCUCUCGAUGCUGCUAAGCAAGCAGAAGCCGAGGCCGCCGUUGCCUCCGAGGUAGCUCAAUCAGCUCCUACCAUCCCAGCUGAUGAGCAGCAGUCCGCACAGAUUCCAGUGGUGUCAGCUGCUGGCGUCCAACAAUUAACCGCACAGCCUGAGGAACAGUUGCAGAUUGUUGAGCAAUCGCUGUCACAAGCUGCCAACACAAAUAACGGUUAUUUGCCACCAUCCAGAUAUUAUUUCCGUCAAUGA